AUGGAACCUGAUGAUAAGAAAAACAGUUUGGUGAAAAUUGACAAUCCACAUACAGAGAACCAGAGCAAUGUCAUAUCUCCAAGCGAAAUGAUUGAAAAGCUCAUUCAGGUUGUUGGUACAUUCGAAGAUAUCAAGCGCAGGCAGAGGAUGUUUCAUAUAAUGAAUCUAGUUAAUGGUUAUGGUGAUAUAGAUUCGGUGUCUAUCUCAAGUGGAAGCCUUGCUGAAGGGCUGGACAUCAGGAGCAGUGAUGAAGAUAUUACCCUUGUUCUUAAAUACGUCACAGCAGUGCCUUCUGAUGUUGCCUUUGUACCAAAAAACGGCGAAACAGUUGUUCUGGUUGAUUUUGACCAGGACUUCCCAGGAUUUGCCACGAUUUGCCCAUUGCUCGAUGCAUCAGUCAGCGGCUAUGUGCAGAAGGCGACUGUAUUAUCGUCUUGGCAGUUCAGAGAGCAGUUCAGAGAAAUUGGUUAUGAAAGCCAUGGUCCUUGCGUUAUGGACGGUGAACGUGACAUCGCUGAUUGCAUCCACUGUCCCUUUUUGCCAGAGUUUGUUAUCAAGAGGUUUGAAAAUCGGCAGUCAAAGUGGCUACAGGAAGACUUUCUGGGUGAUAUAUUGGCUGAUGGCUGUCUUAUGGUUCCUGUUGGACCAAGGAAUUCUCAGAAACAGAGUAUACUGUGGAGAAUAUCGUUUGCUGUCGCCGAAAGCAGCAUUAUUUUAAGAAUGAAUCAUGCCCAAAUUCUGUGCUAUGCAUUGUUGAAAAUAAUGCUGAAGGAAGGAUUGGAGAAAAACAACUCUGUCAAGGAUUUGCUUUGCUCGUACUUCCUAAAAACUUGUCUGUUUUGGCUGAUCGAUGAGACAAACAACGAUGAACAAGUUUGGAAUGUAAAGAAUGUUCUUGGCUGUUACGAGCUGUGCCUUGAAAGAAUGAUCUUUUGGGUUACGAAUUGCAACUGUCCUAAUUAUUUUAUACCUGAAAAUAACAUGUUCAGAGGCAGAAUAUGUGAAGACAACAACAAUGCCCUUUUGUCAUUGUUGAAAAAGUACAAAUCUGAGGGCUACUUGGCACUUCUACACUGCGAUUCAUUUCUUGUUCAGUCAGAGUUUGUCACGCAUUCUCAAAGAGAAGCGAAUUUGGAUUUUCUCUGUUUCAGAGUUUUGCACAUUUAUCCAUUUGAUGAUAUCGAACUGGCAUAUUCAGCGGCAAGAGAUCUAGAUAAUUUGUACAGAACGGAAACUGAUGGGUUUAUUCUGGGUGUCAUCAAUAAACUGCGGUCUUCCGUACACCAAGAGAUUGCCCAAAUGCUUCCGCUGCCAGAUAUGACGGAGGGCUCUGGGGGUGAAAGACCUCAGUUACUGGAAAAGCAUUGUGAACAUAUUUCGAUUGGAGGUGAAUCCGAUGCCAUAAGUGGAUCUGUUUUACUUUCUUGCCUUUAUUACAAUGUAGGGGACUACCACCAGGCAUUGCAGGUCUUAAAUGAAGCUGAGGAAAAACUGACUGCAAAUUUGAUUCAGUUACGAAAGGAGGUCUACUCGAAAGAGGAGUAUGAUUUUUACCUUGACUCCAUGUGUGGCAAAGGCUUAACUUUAGUGGACAAAUUGAAACAGGCCACAGUUUGUCUUAUCAUUAUGCUGGAAAAUUCCUCACUCAUUCCAGAAGAAUUUCUUCUUGAAGUCAAGUACAGACCCCUGUGCACUGUCCCUGCUGUUGUGCUCUUACAUAGCAUGCAGUAUCUAUGCUACAACAAACUACAAAAUGUUGAGAAGAGACAGAGAGCCAUUUCUAAGCUUGAUGGGGCCAUCAAAAGCAAGUUUCUCAUUCUGCCACCAUUUUACUCAGUAGCUUUUACAUUCCUUGGGGCAUGUUUUGAAAUGGAGGGAGAUAACGAGAAUGCAAUGAACUGUUAUGAGCGUGCUUUGGAGAAUCCUCCAUUGUGUAAAAGUGCUCAGGACAGAAUGAACAGUCUCCUUGCCGUUUGCUGA